AAACGCUCCUGUGUGCGCUUGCGUUGCUUCCUCUCCUACAGACGUAUGGAUUUUCCGUGCUCACAGACAACAGCAACCUAAACUCGUCUCUACUAGACAUAAGUGAAUUGGAAUCGAAAAAUGUCGACGUUUUCCGACAGCUUCUUAACCAAGAAACAAUCAUCAGGAUGACUCUAGUAAAGAAUGUUCAUGCAUUAAUGAAGGACAUGAUCGAUCUUAAGCAAAAUAUGGAGAAUAUGGAGUCUGCACAACAGAAAACAGAGACAGAAAUUGAUAAAAUAAAACGUGUAGAAAUAGCGACUCUGCAACAGGAAGUAGAUAAACUCAAACGUGAAAACCAGAGACUUGAAAUUGAAAAUGAAAGAUAUGAAGAAAUUCUCAACGCUGUCAAAGAAAACUUUACACAAAUUAACGAAAAUUUCAGAGAAUUUGAGGAAGGGUUUGAGGAGCGAAGAGAAGAAUUUGAGACAAAUACGAGUAUGAUACUUGGCGAUUUGAAAAUUGAAGUUCGUUUUCUUUCAGUUACCCUUCUUGAUUUGAAUAAACAUAUGUUGGAAUUGGACAAAGAUAUUCCUAAAAUGAUAGAGAGAAAAUAUGAACAAUUAUCUACAAGAUUGAACAUUUCUUUGGAAGCAUUGAAUAGUGAUUUACUGACAACCAGCAAUAAGAUAUCACAGUCAGUGACUGAUCUGGAACAUUCACAGAAUGCUAUAAUUUCUUCCAUUUUUGUUGACUUCAAUGCAUCUAUUGACGAGAUUAAGGCAGAGGUUAAACAAAAUUACUUUGACCAGCUGAAGCUUUCCUCUACUGUGUCAUCCCUCGAGGUGUUCCGAAUGAAUUUGACGAACAAUCAAUGUGAUCUGACAAAAAGAGUAGCCUUCACAGCUGGAGUGUCCUCUGCUAGUUCCUCCUGGAACAGCGGGACGUUGGUGUUUGAUAGAGUCGUGUACAGCGUUGGCGGAGGAUACGACUCGAGGACAGGCGUCUUCACUGCCCCCGUUAGUGGACAUUAUGUGUUUUUCCAUAUUGUGCAAGCCUAUAAUUCACAAUAUAUUAUGACAGAGAUUGUGCUAAACAGUAAACCAAAAGUCCUAGCUAUGUUGUAUGGUGAAACUUAUGACGCCGGUUCAAACCUAGCGGUAAUGCACCUCUCGAUUGGUGACAAGGUUUGGGUUAGGCGCUAUCGAGGUAGCGGUUACUAUACAGAAGGAAACGCACCGGUCACCACUUUCUCAGGUUUUAAAAUAUAA